ACAUGAACUAGCCAUGCUUGUAAAAAAAAACAAUAACAAAAACAUCAUUUCUCUCCGAAAUUAUCAUCACUUCUAUAAAACUCACGAACUCCACAAAAAAAAAAAAAAAAAAAAAGAAGAAGAAGAAGAAGAAGCAUAGAACUACGAAAGAACUCAAGCUCAAGCUUAAUUUUCAGUAUAAAAAAUGGGCAAGAGUGUUUUACUGUUAUGUGGUGAUUACAUGGAAGAUCAUGAGGCUAUGGUUCCAUUUCAAGCUUUGCAGGCUUUUGGGAUUGCUGUUGAUGCUGCUUGCCCUGGCAAGAAAGCUGGGGAUAUUUGCCGCACUGCAAUUCAUGAUUCUGCUGGUUAUCAGACUUAUACUGAGAGUCGUGGUCAUAAUUUUACUCUCAAUGCAACAUUCGAUGAAGUUGAUUUUGGCAAAUAUGAUGGGCUGGUGAUACCUGGAGGACGGGCUCCAGAAUAUCUUGCCAUGAACGAAUCUGUGUUAGAUUGUGUCAGGAAAUUUUCUGACUCAGGAAGGCCAAUUGCCUCUGUUUGCCAUGGACAAUUGAUCUUGGCAGCUGCAAAUUCAGUAAAAGGUCGGAAAUGCACUGCAUAUCCUGCUGUGAAACCUGUGCUCAUUGAUGCUGGCGCUCAUUGGGUUGAACCUGAAACCAUGAAAGCUUGUGUUGCUGAUGGCAAUAUCAUCACUGGAGCUACAUAUGAGGGGCAUCCUGAGUUCAUCCAACUAUUUGUGAGGGCACUGGGGGGCAAGAUAACUGGUUCAGAUAAGAAAAUUUUGUUUCUCUGUGGGGAUUUCAUGGAAGAUUACGAGGUAACUGUUCCUUUUCAGUCUCUUGAAGCUCUUGGGUGCCAUGUUGAUGCAGUUUGCCCCAAGAAGAAGGCUGGGGACACCUGCCCAACUGCAGUCCAUGAUUUUGAAGGUGACCAAACUUACAGUGAGAAGCCUGGUCAUAGUUUCACUCUAACAGCUAGCUUUGAAGGUUUGGAUGCCUCAAAUUAUGAUGCUCUUGUCAUUCCUGGAGGCCGGGCUCCAGAAUACUUGGCACUGGAUGAGACAGUGAUUGCUUUGGUGAAAGAAUUCAUGCACUCUAAGAAGCCUGUUGCAUCUAUCUGCCAUGGGCAGCAGAUCUUAGCUGCUGCCGGAGUUCUUAAGGGAAGAAAAUGUACCGCGUAUCCUGCAGUGAAGCUGAAUGUUGUCUUGGGAGGGGCAACAUGGCUAGAACCUGAUCCAAUAGAUCGCUGCUACACUGAUGAAAACUUGGUUACAGGUGCUGCUUGGCCAGGGCACCCUCAGUUCGUCUCUCAGUUGAUGGCCUUACUUGGCAUUCGAGUGUCAUUUUAGCUAUUUUCAUGUAACUAGUAUGCUUGUAUCUUAUAUCAAAUAACAUGGGGAUGUAUGCGGUUUCCAUGUUUGGGUCUAGGAAUCCAUCUUGUAUCACAUUGAUCCUUGUCACUUGUAUGCGGUUUGCCUGUGCCGAAAAUAGACUUCUAUACCAUGCAAAUAAGUGAGUUUCUGGAUUGUUGGUUGUGGGAAAUGAGUGAUGACCUAUCCAUAGGGUGCUCUGAACGCAUCAUGUGGCUUGAUUAUAAAGGAUGUGGAAUUUUGCUUGCA